AUGCUUGCCCAGAGCCCUAGAAAUGACCCUCCGCCCACACCAUAUCUAACUGUUCUAAAUAUGUAUCUCAAGCCAAAGUUGCUAACGAGGUUGGAGAAACGGGUGAAGAGGAAGACGGUGGUGGCGCUGAAGGAGCUGAGCCAGCAAAUCCAAGAAACUAAAGACCGGCGGGAAAGGCUGCUGGAGGAGGCCAGGCAGCUACUAGAGGAAAAAUACCGGGUGCAGGCUGAGAACCAGUUUUUCAUGGAAUACCUGCGUAAAAACAAAGAACGGUGCGAAAAGAGGCAGGAGGCCCUGCGGAAGCAGUAUGUGCAGGAAUGUGGCGAGGUAGAACAAAGGAGGCAAGAACUGGCGUCCAGAUAUACCCGGAGGAAUGCAGCCCUUCAAGCCCAGCUGCUACGGGGCAAGGAGACCCAGAAGGACCUGAAGCAGCAGCUACAGGCGCUGAAGCCGGUUUGCAUGGUAAAGGAGAGGCAGGACAUGAAAAUACAGACCUUGGAGGAGGAGAUCGAGAAAAUUCGAGGGGAGGCAGCGGCCAAGGACCGGGAGGCGCACGUCCACUUCCUGCGGGAAAAGGCAAGGAUGGAGAAGGAGCUGGCCGAACUGAACUCGGUGGAGCUGAGACAGAUCUACACCGAGGGGCUGACGAGGAGGUACAGGGCCUUGGCGCUGGCAGCCAACCAGGCCCACUCUGAGUUCUGUGGCAGCCUCCACAGAGAGCAGCAGCAGCUCCGGAAGGAGCUCCAGCAACUGAGUCAGGAGUACCGCGAGGCGGAAGCUGUGCGCAGCCAGCUGGAGAAGCAGCAGCAGCGGGCGAAGGAGGAACAGUGGUAUAUGCAAGCCUUGAUCAGAGGGCGGCAGCGGCUGCAGGCAGGACGCGAGCGACAUCUCGGUCACAAUCCAGGCCUCAAGGAGCAGCGAGCUGCCAAAACCAUGCUGAGCACCAAAUCAAGAACAGUUUCAAAGUAA